AUGCUGGCGACAGGUCUAGCAUAUGGUUGCCUCCUUCUGGCCACCGCAAUAACAUCAACAGCCUCACCCGUUCACCGAGAUCAACAGAUUUUGGACUUCCCAGACGCAACCAUCAUAGAGCCCGACUUCUCCCAGACUUCCAGCAUCCGAGACACACUUAUCGCAAACGAGGUCAUUGGGGAUGUCCUCGACGAUUUCGAACCUUCAUACUACAUCGAAGUGAACUAUCCUUCCACCCACGACAAAGUCGUCCUCGGCAAUGAUAUUCCCGUGGAUGCUGUCUCUAAGCGGCCAGUCUUCAACUUCUUCUCCCUUAAGCCUCAUUCCGUCGAAGCGAAGAGCUCAACCUUCACCCUCGUUCUGACCGAUCCAGAUGCAAAGUCCCGCGAUAAGCCUAAAUGGAGCGAAAUGUGCCACUGGAUCCUGACCAAUUUGACCACACCGACCCCUGGACCGCCCCCGGAAACCCACAACGCCAAACCAGGAGAAAUCAUGGAGUACUUGCCUCCGAGUCCGCCGCCAAAGACCGGAGCUCAUCGUUAUGUAUUCGUCCUUUUGGUAGGAGAGUCGUCAGAUCUGAAGGCACCAAAGGACCGUAAGCACUGGGGGUACGGUAAGGUUCGACACGGGGUGCGAGAUUGGGCCGAAGAAAAUGAUUUGAGGGUUGUGGGCGCCAACUUCUUUUUUGCUCAGAAUGAAAUGCAGUAA